AUGAUCUUAUUUACUGUACUUUAUUUGGAUGAAAGCCACUGGUGUGACCACACAGUGCAGGUGACAGAAGAGGAGGUAGUGACCCCGCGGAGGGAGCAGGAGGUGCCAUGCUCAGAUGUCUAUCAGUUCAACCUCCAGGGCUGGCAGCUGGACCAGGAGCGCAUGAGGCAACAGUACGGAGGGGAUGCUGGGAUAGCGAGGUUUUACUCUGUGAAUGGAGCAGGAGCAAUGUGCUACAUAUUCAGGCCGCAGGAUACCAGGCCGACUGUGUGGAAUCGUACUGUGCGAGCGUGCUGUGAGGGCUGGAGUGGAGAUCACUGCACAGAGGGCAAUGGUUUUUUGGGGAGAUGCUUCUCCAGCUGGAAUUGCCAGGACUUCCUCAGCCCACACAACGUCUCUCUUAUUAGUAUGGAAAAAUGCUGCUCCCAGGCUGGGGGCCACAGCUGGAAGAACAUCACCUCUGACUUCUGCUUCAGCUGCUCCUAUGUGACUCCCACAGCAGACCUCCCCUCCCCCUUGAUGAUGAAGCCAUACUUCUCCACUGCCCUGAUAGGUGGGCCAUCACGACAGAUAAGACUCUUCGCCACAUGUGUGACCUGGGGAGGUUUUCAUUACCGCAGUUUUGAUGGGAAACACUUUAAUUUCCAUGGAGGCUGUACCUAUAACCUGGCCUCCUCUUCUGACUCAACAUGGGCCAUUUAUAUAUCGGAGGAGCUCUGUGCAUCCAAAGGCCAUUGCCACAAAACUCUCAGAAUAAUUUUUGGUUUGGAUCAAGUUGUAGCCAAGGGAAGAACAGUCUCAGUAAAUGAUGCUGUUGUGCCUGAAGGUGAACCCCAUCUGCAGAACGGAAUAAAUAUCCUCUGGCUUGGAGAUUUUGUGUUCAUAGAGAGUGGGCUGGGUGUUAGGGUGAAGUUUGAUGGCAUCAAUAACGUGUAUGUGACUGUCACCACUGACCUGCAUCAUCGAACUUGGGGGCUCUGCGGUACCUACAAUGAAAAUCUUGAAGAUGAUUUCACCAAACCUGGGGGCAGCAUAUCACCCCAUGCAGCUUCCUUUGGCAACUCAUGGAAAGUACGGGAUGCAAACUCUGAGCGGUAUUGUGAAGAUGCUGCUGAAACUGGUGACAGCUGUGAGGCUCCUGGACAGGAGACCACAAGGAUUGAGGCUGAAACAAUCUGCCAGAAGUUCCUUGGUGACCCAUUCAGCUCAUGUCACCAUAAGGUGACACCCAUUGGAUAUUAUGACACCUGUAAGUACAUGUAUUGCCAGGAUACAGGAACCAGGCUAAAUAGGAUGGAUUCUGUGUGCCAGACGUUCACUAGUUAUGCCCGGGAAUGUGCCCAACAGGGGAUUAUCCUAGACUGGCGCAAGGCCGGCUUCUGUGAGAAGCAGUGCCCAUUGGGCAAGCAAUACUCAGACUGUGUGUCCUCCUGCCCUGCAAGCUGUGCCGCUGUGGGGAGCUAUGAGGCCGGGCAGUGCCGAGAUGAGUGUGUGAGUGGGUGUGAGUGCCCGUCUGGGCUGUACCUAGAGGAUGGUGCUUGUGUGAAGGAAGCGGACUGUCCAUGUUACCACCGAAGGCAAAAGUACUCACCAGGAGACACCAUCAAGCAACGGUGCAACAAAUGUGUGUGCCAGGGCGGCCGCUGGUAUUGCUCCCAGGACAGAUGUGCUGCCCAGUGUUCUGUGCUCGGUGACCCUCACUAUGUGACAUUUGACCGCAAGAGGUUCUCUUUUCAUGGCACCUGUGACUACAUCUUGGUGCAGGAUUAUGUGGAUCAGAAGCUUCUUAUUACUGCGGAGAACAUAGCUUGUGGAAGCCAAGGAUCUGUUAGCUGUCUGCGGGCGAUUACAGUUACUGCGUACAAAACAUCAAUCAGUCUGCGAACCUCAGGGGACAUGACUGUGAAUGGCCAAGCAGUGACUGUGCCCUUCCUGAGUCCAGAUAUGUCUGUGAGACGAGUCUCCUCCACCUUCCUUCUGCUUCAGGCGUUUGGGGCCCAAGUACUCUGGAGUCUGGAGUUCCCUGCGGCCUACAUCACUCUGCAGCCGGCGUUCUCCAACAAGGUGAGAGGACUUUGUGGAACGUACAACUGGAACCAGAAUGAUGACUUCACUACUCCCGAGGGCGACAUUGAGAUCAGCAUUGCUGACUUUGCCAAUAAAUUCAAGUCUUCUGCUGACUGCCCUGACGUAGGACCCUUCACCUUUGACCCCUGUGGGACAUACACACAGCGCAGGGACUUUGCUGAAGAUGCCUGCGCCAUUAUUUCCAGUUCAGUGUUUCAGAUUUGUCACGGUCUAGUUGAGUGGGGACCCUUUCACCAGCUGUGCCUGUAUGAUGUCUGUGGUUGUGCAGCCAACAAAAACUGCUUGUGCGGUGCCGUAUCGUCCUACGCCCGACAGUGUGCUCAGGAAGGAGCUGUGGUGCCCUGGAGGAACGAGUCUUUCUGCCCGAUCCAGUGCUCUGGGGGGCAAGUGUACAUGGAGUGCGCAUCUCCCUGUGGCAAGACGUGUGCCGACCUCCGUGUGCCAGGAAUUGGUGUUUGCCAGGAGCUGGAAGGCUGUGUGGCCGGAUGUAACUGUCCUGAAGGUCUGGUCUUGGAUGAUGAUGGUCAGUGUAUCCAGCCGGCUAUGUGCCCAUGUCACCACGGGGGAGAGACUCACCGGCCUGGGAGCACCAUCCAGCAGAACUGCAACACAUGUGUGUGUGAUAAAGCCGUGUGGAACUGCACCGAGGCCAUCUGUCCAGAAGCGGCUUAUUGUCCUGGGAACCUGGUGUAUGAGUUUGGGUCCUGUCUCCGCACAUGUGAGAACUUUGAUGAGAACAUGACAUGCUCAGAUACCCUGGAUGGGUGUGUGUGCCCCUCAGUCACCGUGCUUCUGAAGGACAGAUGCAUUCGUCCUGAAGAUUGUCCAUGUCAUCACCAUGGGAAGCUCUACCACCCCAAUGAGACCAUCAUCAAAGACUGCAACACCUGUGUGUGUAAGAACCGCCACUGGCAAUGCACUGAUCAUCGUUGUACUGGAAUGUGCACAGCCACCGGUGACCCUCAUUAUAUCACCUUUGAUGGACGUUCGUUCACCUUCCUGGGAGAUUGCCAAUAUAUCUUAUCCAGGGAAAACAGUGGCCUCUUUACAGUCACGGCUGAGAAUGUGCCAUGCGGUACCAGUGGAGUAACUUGCACCAAGUCCGUGGUGGUGAUGAUCGGGAACACUGUUGUUCAUUUGCUGAGAGGUAAAGAGGUGACGAUAAACGGUGUGGCAGUGCGCCCCCCCAAGGUGUACCACGGAAAUGGGAUUAUCUUAGAAAGAGCCGGAAUAUUUACCUUGCUGAUCUCAAACAUAGGACUCAGUGUGCUUUGGGAUGGAGGGACUCGAGUGUAUGUAAACCUGGAUCCCGAUUUUCAGGGUCGUGUAAGCGGGUUGUGUGGGAACUUUGAUGGUGACACAGAGAAUGACUUCACCAGUCAGCAAGGAAUUAUAGAGCCCACCGCAGAACUGUUUGGUAACAGCUGGCGCAUUAGCCUGAUGUGUCCUGAGGUGCACAGUGAUGACUUUGAGCACCCAUGCACGGAGAACAGUCAUCGGGUCACCUGGGCAAGGAAAAGCUGCAGUAUCCUAAAGCAGUCCCUGUUUGCCCCCUGUCAUCAGGAGGUGCCAUGCCAGGACUACUAUGACUGGUGUGUGUAUGAUGCCUGCGGAUGUGACACAGGUGGGGACUGUGAGUGCUUGUGCACAGCUAUAGCCACAUACGCAGAGGAAUGUAAUAAACGAGGAGUGUACAUUCGCUGGAGGACUCAGGAUUUGUGUCCCAUGCAGUGUGACAAUGGGCUGGUGUAUGAAGCCUGCGGAGCCGCCUGCCAACGCACCUGCAAGAACCUGGCUCAGGAACCUGAGGAGCACUGCAGCACCAUGUCCUGUGUGGAAGGUUGCUUCUGCCCUGAGGGAAAGGUCCUGCAUGCGGGAAGCUGUAUAGAUACCACGGAGUGUCCCUGUUAUUGGAAGAACCUGCCAUUCCCAUCUGGGUCUGCUGUAAAGCAAGGCUGCAAGAACUGCACCUGUGAGGCUGGCAUGUGGCGAUGCCCUGAGGAGCCAUGCCCACCUUCCGCUCAAUGUGAUGAUGAUGAGUUUGCCUGUCUGCUAAGUGGGCGCUGUGUGCCCAGUGCCUGGGUGUGUGACAAUGAAGAUGACUGUGGGGAUGGCUCUGAUGAAAUCUGCGCUCUGACCUGUGCCCCCCAUGAGCACCGAUGUGCCAAUGGGCAGUGUGUCCCCCUGACUCAUCGCUGUGACAGCCAAGCGGACUGUGUGGAUCACUCAGAUGAGUGGGGUUGCCCAGCACCAGCCUGCUCUGGCACUGAGUUCCGCUGCUCCAAUGGGCGCUGCAUUCCACUCACUCAUGUGUGUGACGGUGACCUUGACUGUGGCUUUGCUGAUGACUCAGACGAAACAGGGUGCUCCUCAGGGUGCAGUUCCUCUCACUUCCGCUGCUCAGUGGGGAGGUGUGUGCCCUACAUACAUCGCUGUGAUGGUCACGAUGACUGUGGAGAUUUCAGUGAUGAGAGAGGCUGCUUGUGUCACCCAGGGGAGUUCCAGUGUCCUGAUGGUGCCUGUGUGAAGAAGGAGCAAGUGUGUGAUGGAGAGCAGGACUGUGUCACAGGAGCUGAUGAGCUGGUCUGUUUAGGGUUGGGCACCUGUGCCCCUGGGCACUGGGCAUGUGGGGACGGCGUUUGCAUUAGGAGGGACAAGGUAUGUGAUGGGAUGUUUGACUGCAGAGAUGGAUCUGAUGAGCAACAGGCUCACUGUGUGACCCAAGCACCUCACCCAGAGGGCACAGCCCUACCGGGCAUCACCAGGACUACAGCCUCAGGUCCCCGGUGUGGUCGUUACGAGUUCCUGUGUGGCAGUGGGGAGUGUCGGCCCCUGGGAUGGUUGUGUGACAAUGAGGUGGACUGCAUGGAUGGGAGUGACGAGCAGCACUGUAACCGCACCUGUGAUCUGGACCAGUUUAAGUGUACACUGACGGGCGAGUGUGUGGGGUACGGACAGCUGUGCGAUGGGAUCCCCCACUGCAGGGACCAAUCAGAUGAGAGUACGGACAACUGUGGUUCGACACAGAUCCCCCCUUGUCCUGGGCAUUUCAUCUGUACCAAUAGGAUGUGCGUGAACAUCUCAGUAGUGUGUGAUGGGGCCCCUGACUGCCCGCAAGGAGAGGACGAGGCUUCUUGUGACAGAAGUUCAGUGACUGAGACUCCAACCAAGCACAGCAACCAGACAAUUCCAGCUUGCCCGGAGUAUUCCUGUCCUGAUGGCAGGUGUCUCACAUUCACUCAGGUGUGUAAUGGCAUCUCUGAUUGUGGAGAUGCAAAUGAAUCUUCAGGAUUUGUGUCAUCAGAUGAGAAAGACUGUGGUAUCUGGAGCCCCUGGGGAACCUGGAGUGAGUGCAGCCAGUCAUGUGGUACCGGAAUGCAGAGUAGAAGACGCUCAUGCACCAACCCUUCAUCAGAUGUCCUGAGACAGUGUAGGGGAGAGGAGACCGAAGCCCAGCAGUGCUUCACAAUCUCCUGCCCAGUUGAUAGUUUGUGGACACCAUGGUCAACCUGGUCAAACUGUACGCAAGACUGCUCUGGAGUUGUGAUCCGUCGACGAGAGUGCACCCCCCCACUGAAUGGUGGGCGCCAUUGCUCUGAGCUACCUGGAACAUCACAUGCUUCUGUGGAGAUUGAUGUCUGCCAUCAAGAUGGAUGUCCUGAGAGUCCCAGUUGCCCUGGAGAGCUGGAGCACCGUCCAUGCCAGCCGUGUCCCCUUACCUGUGCUGAUCUGGCUAAUAAAAGGAGUUGUGAGCAGAACCCACCAUGUGUCUCAGGAUGUUGGUGCCCAGAGGGAUUGCUGUUAGACAACAUGAACCACUGUGUACGUCCAGAGGAGUGCCCCUGUGAGGUGGAUGAGGUGACAUAUUGGCCUGGUCAACUGGUUAAAGUGAACUGCCAGAUCUGCACUUGCCAGGAUGGACAAAUGAAGCAAUGUAGACAAAAUCCAGAGUGUGUUGUACAUUGUGGGUGGUCUACCUGGUCGUCAUGGGGAGAGUGUUUGGGUCCGUGUGGGGUACAAAGCAUACAGUGGUCUUUUCGCAGCCCAAACAAUCCCAGCAAACAUGGAAAUGGAAAGCAAUGCAGGGGAAUUUACCGCAAGGCACGCAGGUGCCAGACCGAGCCCUGUGAGGCUUGUACGCACCAGGGGAAGACACACAGCAUUGGUGAACGCUGGAGAUCAGGGGAGUGCCACGUCUGCCAGUGUCUGCCCAACCUCACCGUGCAGUGCUCACACUUCUGCCAGUAUGCCAUCCCCGGCUGUCCGGAGGGUCAGUUCCUGGUUGAGGGGUCGGGGGACACUUGCUGUUACUGCUCGGAGACAGGUCCAAACAGAACGGAAUCUGUGUCAGCCAGUCCUUCAGCAGCAAGUCUCCCAGCCAGUACCGCCGCCCCACAACUCAUCACCUACCCAUUGCCUGGAGCAGGGGAUGAGUGCUACCGGCCGCUGAGACUUUCGUUCCUACCAGACAGCAGCUUCACGGCCUCCUCACAGCUCCCAGAGAACCCAGCACAUGCCGGACGCCUCAACCACGUAAAUCCAAGAUCUGAGCUGCAGGGCUGGAGUCCUCAGACAACUGGUCACAUGACAUCGCUGUCACCCUACCUACAGAUUAAUCUGCAGCACCCAUGGAACAUCACAGGUAUUGUUGUGCAGGGAGCUGGGGCUUCAGACUCCUACAUAACCAGCUUUACUGUGCAGUUCAGCCAAGAUGGAGAGAGAUGGAACUGGUGCCAUUCCUUUUUUCAGAUUUUCCAAGGUAACUUUGAUGGUUCCACACCCGUAGCUAAAAGCUUUGAGAGGAUGAUCAGUGCUCAGUAUGUGCGCCUGCUGCCUCAUGACUUUCACAAUGGCAUCUUCUUGCGAGCAGAGAUCCUCGGUUGCGGAGAAGGCACAGCUCCCUCUCCUCUGUCCCCUGCUCGGUGGGGAUGUCAGCGCUCUCAGUUUUACUGUAAAGCUUCAGCCACUUGCAUUGAGGUGGCUCAGAGAUGUGAUGGACUCCAGGAUUGCUCGGACGGAGCUGAUGAGUUUGGUUGUGUUAUAUGGGGACACAGCACCCAGGUGCCAGACACCAGCUUAAGUUCUAGAGGGAGCACAGAAAGCCCAUUUCGGCCCCAAGAGCCCACUCCACCGUCUGGGCCUCUCUCGGCUGUGACACCACAGGGACCAACUGGAACUGGACCUGAAGAUGGGAGAAGUGCUCCGUCUCCUACAGGUCCCUGUGAUGUGGCUCUAGGUCUGGAGGACGGACGGAUUCAUUACCAGCAGCUGACAGCGUCGUCCUACAAGGACAACAACCCUCCGGAUGCUGGACGCCUGAACAUUGUGCCUAACAUCCUUAAUAUGGAGCCAGGAUGGAGCCCGCUAGCCACAGACAGACAGCCCUACUUCCAGGUGGAUUUCCUUCAGGCCAUGUUCAUCUCUGCCAUUAUUACCCAGGGGGGCAGACAGUCCGGGGCUUAUAUCACCAAGUACCGGCUCAUGUACAGCAGUGAUGGGCAGCAGUAUCGGAACUACACAGGGGCAAAGCAGCGCAGCGCUGGAGAUACAGAGGUGUUUGAUGCCAAUACUGACAGUAACACACCAGUGAGGCGUGAGCUGCACCCGCCUCUGCUGACGCGGUACCUGCGUAUUGUGCCUGUGGAAUAUCACAAGUGGAUUUACCUGCGGAGCGAGAUCCUUGGCUGCCACUAUGUGAAGCCCACAGUGUCCUUUGGCAAUGUGACACCCCCUUCUGUCACUGUCACCAGGUCUGGAACGGUGGAGCCCUCUAGUUGCCGGCAGGGGGAGUACGAGUGUCGCAGUGGCGAGUGCCUCAAUGCUACCACAGCCCUGUGUGAUGGGAAAGCUGACUGCAGAGACUUUUCCGAUGAGGAGGGGUGUGGUGCACUGCCUUUGACUGCAACUCCUACAGGUGUCACAGAAGAGACAACAGGCAGUCUGCCCAUCACAUUAUCUACCCUGCUGCCCCCAGAGAGCCCCCCAGGAAUUGGCUUGACAACCAAGUCCCUUAAAGAGAUUGUAUCUCCUGGGUCUCAGUUUCCUGGAGAACCCGGACUAAAUUAUCUGUCCCAGCCGACUGGACAUCCAGGGAUAUUAAGUGCAAAACCAACACAAACCCCAACACCUGGUACUGUUAUCACAGGAUAUCCUGGCAUCCAAGAGAAGCAUGGUGUGAGUGGGAAGCCUGGAAUUAAAAUCCCCGAGAGGCCUGAACAGAAAGUGGAGCCUGGUCAAUCUGUAUCAGGACGUCCAGAUGUUGGAGAAAUGUAUUCAAGCUCUUCUGGCUUUGCUUCUACAUUGGCAACUCCUGGAAUAUCUUCAGAGUCUGGUAGCAGUACCCCAAUGAUGGCUGCCAUUACAUCAAGCCAUUGGGAAACGUCUGGGAGAAAUGAAGUAGCAGGCAGUCCUGGAAUCUACACCAGUGGCUACCAGACAGGCAUACCUGGGCUAGCCACACCUUUUUCUGGUAAGGACACAUGGACAUUGAGCACAAAUUCAAAUGUAGAUGGCAGUCCAAAAAUUUCAGGCCUGCCAGGAUUAAAUAUAGCAACAGGAGAAUCAGUGAUAGGGACGGGAACUGUUCACACGGGAACACCUGGGUUGAGUGUAGAUAGGUAUGUUUCAUACCACACUACACCACCAGAAAUUGCCGUUGAGAACAUUACACCUAAACCAGACCACCCUGCUGUAACAAAGGACUGGACCACUGGACUUCCAGGUCAAACACUGACACAGAGUAGAAUUGAGAAGCCUCAGAUCAACAAAGAGUCUAUGGUCAAUGAACCAUCAACUAGAAGUCCAAGCCUAACCACUAGACACACUCCUGGAGAAGGAUGGUCUACAUCAGAGGAACCCUGGCCUUCUCCCCAUUAUCAAACAGGUUCAGUACCUAAUGAGAUUUUUAAUGAAACGGGAACCCAAAGUACAUUGAGUCGUGAGCCAGGUAUAAAACACAACAAGCCAGAGUAUAUUUCUGUACCCGAAGGACAUCAUGCCAAUAUGAAGCCUGGUGAGGGUGGUACAGUCAUUGUUUUGAAGGAGCCCAUAGAGGUUCCCCAUAAGAAGGGCCCAGAUGAAGAGGGACACAUUAGACCAGGGGUUCGUGAGGAAUUACAUGCUACAACUAUAUCAGAAGGUAUGAUCAGCACCUCAGGAGUUGGCUUGUCUCCUCAGUUACCCAGAACCCAUUGCAGUGUGGGUCAGUUUGCCUGCUCACUGCUGGGAUGUGUAGAUGCAUCGUUUGUUUGUGAUGGGCAGGACGAUUGUCUGGAUGGGUCAGAUGAGCAGCACUGUGGUACUUCCUCUAUAUUUGUCCCAAGCACUGCAGUGACCCGGACCAUGCUCACUCCCGGCCCCAGCUUGUGCUCCUCCAAGCAGUUCACAUGUGGUAGUGGUGAAUGUCUUCCCAUGGAGAAGAAAUGUGACCUGCAGCAGGAUUGUGCCGACGGUUCUGACGAGACCAACUGUGUGGAUUGUAUCCUGUCCCCGUGGACCACCUGGAGUGAGUGCAGUCGCUCGUGUGGACUAGGGGUGAUCUUCAGACGCCGUGAUGUUCUCAGAGAACGCCUGCCAGGGGGACAUUGUACCGGAGCUGAGUUUGACAGUAAAAGCUGUUUUGUGCAAGCAUGCCCAGUGAAUGGAGGUUGGUCUCACUGGGGUGACUGGUCUUCAUGUGAUGCUGAGUGUCAAGGAGGUGUGAGAUCCAGGAGCAGAAGCUGUGAAAACCCACCACCAAAAAAUGGCGGUCACCCAUGCCAUGGUGAAGCUAUGCAGAUGGAAUCCUGCAACUUGCACCCUUGUGGAGACUCACAGGAUUGUGGUCUGGAUAUGAUUUAUGUGCAAGACGGAGAAUGUGAGCCAAGGAAACUGGACCCUUGUCCUCAGACGUGUCGCGGGCUGAAUUCUGAGACUCUGUGCACCAGCAAGUGUAUGCAAGGUUGCCGGUGUCCCCAGGGACUCUAUCUACAGGACGGUGCUUGUGUGACCAUCAGUGAGUGCCGCUGUCACCCGGGACAGAAUCUUCAGGUUCCAGGAGGAAUAAUCAGCACAGAUCCCUGUCGUGUGUGCCAAUGUCAUGAUGGCAAAGUGACAUGUGACGACUCAGCCUGUCCUGUGAGCUGUGGCUGGUCAGCGUGGUCCCAGUGGACAUCAUGUGACACAUCCUGUGGGACUGGGAUACAAGAGCGGUUCAGGUCUCCAAACAAUCCAGCAGCUGCUAAUGGCGGCUCUCCAUGUGAGGGCGACUCCAGAGAAGUGAAGGAAUGUGUCUCUCCUUGUGUUGAGGAGACAAAAGGAUUCUGGGGUGAGUGGUCAUCUUGGUCUUCUUGCUCCAAGACCUGCUUUUAUGAUGUGGAACAUGUUGGCUUACGGAGGAGAUUUCGUCACUGCAAUAGCUCCAGCUCUGAAUCCCAUUGUUCUGGGGAGUCUGUGCAGGAGGAGCCAUGUGACACUGCUCUUUGUCCAGUGAUCGGUGGUUGGUCCUCCUGGAGCUCAUGGUCAGAAUGCACAGCCACCUGUGACUCUGGGAUCCAAACGCGUAACCGUUCCUGUUCUAAACCAAAUCCCUCCCAUGGAGGUUCAGAUUGCAGAGGUCCUCAGAUCCAGACUAGGGAAUGCAACACCCAUCCCUGCAGAGAGCUGUGCCCCCUGGACAUGGUGUACCAGACGGCAGAGGAGUGCCGUAGUGGAGGAGGCGCAUGUCCUCGUCUCUGCCUAGAUCAGGCUGCCCAGGUGGAGUGCACCACUGCCUGCUAUGAGGGCUGCUACUGCCCCGAAGGGCUGUUCUUGCAGAACAACAGCUGUGUGCCCCAAAAUGAGUGUACAUGUUACCACCAGGGGGAGAUAUAUCCACCGGGGGCAAACGUCAGUUUGGAUACCUGCAACAACUGUACCUGCGUGUCUGGAGAGAUGGUGUGCGGCAAGGAACCGUGUCCAGUGGACUGUGGGUGGAGCAGUUGGACACCUUGGAGCUCCUGCAGCAGAACUUGCAAUGUGGGAACAAGACGUCGAUAUCGAUCAGGAACCAACCCUCCUGCAGCAUUUGGGGGACAAGAGUGUGAAGGAUCCAAUAUUGCUAUAGAAUUCUGCAGCCUUCAGCCAUGUAAGGGUUCUGCUGGCGAGUGGGGCCCCUGGUCGGAAUGUUCUGUUCCCUGCGGUGGUGGUUACAGAAACCGCAGCCGAGUCAGCGUUGUUCUGCGCAGGAUUGAAUUCUCCACUUGUAACCUCAGCCCCUGCAUUGGUGAGGUUCCUGGGGUUUGCCCAGAAGAUAAGAUCUGGAAGGAUUGUCAUGAAGGUCCAGCAUCCUGUGUAGACCUGGAUAAUGACUGGACCAACAGAACAUGCCAGCCAGGCUGUUACUGCAGAGAUGGGGAUGUACUACUGAACAACCGCUGUGUGUCACCAUCACGGUGCCCCUGCACGGAGCAAGGAGACUUGUAUGAACCAGGAGAUACUGUGCCAAUAGGCUGCAAUAACUGCACCUGUGUAUCUGGGCAGAUCACCAACUGCACCAAGAGGCAAUGUGACGUUGAUGGCGAAUGGUCGGCAUGGACUCCAUGGAGUGAUUGUUCUGCUACCUGCGCUGGUGGAUUUCAAAACCGGUAUCGAUUCUGUACAGAUCCACCACCCUCUGGGAAUGGACUCUCUUGUGAAGGAUCAGACAGAGAGGAGAAGCCCUGUAACGUGGGGCCUUGCUCAGGAAGCGGGCACUGGAGUGAGUGGAGCCCCUGGACAGAGUGCACCAGAACCUGCGGACCAGGAGUCACCACACGGAACCGCACCUGUAACAGCCCAAUACCCCAAGGAGGUGGAGAUUACUGCGUGGGCUCCAGCUCAGAAAUAGAACCAUGCCAGCUGCAGGAAUGCCAGGUAACAAACUGCUCUUCAAUCGCGGGUUCCACAUACAGUAUCUGUGGCCCUCCCUGCCCGAGGUCAUGUGACGACAUCGCUCACUGUACCUGGCACUGUGAGCCCGGCUGCUAUUGCCCCCUGGGGCAAGUUCUGAGUGAGAACGGCACUGUGUGUGUGGAUCUGCAGGACUGUACUUGCCUGGACCUUAUGACGGGAGAGAGACACUUCCCGACGGAGACAGUACCACGAGGGGAUGACUGCAAUAACUGCACCUGUUUUAAUGGCUCAAUGAUAUGCACCAACCACACAUGUGCAGUGUCCGGUGGGUGGUGUGAAUGGUCAGACUGGACUCCUUGUUCCAAGACAUGUGGCACUGAAAUAGUGACGCGGUACCGGAGCUGUGCCUGCCCUAAACCUCAAGAGGGAGGAGCUGAGUGCCAGGGGGUGCACGAACAUUACGGUGACAUUGGGGUACAGCUGGAGAGAAGACAAUGUCCGUCACCCACCUUCUGUCCAGGUAAAAGACGGAGACCCACUGCAGGUGUACAUGGAAAUUGGAGCCCUUGGGGCCCCUGGUCUUCAUGUGAUGUGUGUGCUGGCGAGUCUGUGAGAAACCGGCAGUGUAACAGCCCCCCAGCACGCUUUGGGGGUAACCCCUGUGAUGGAGAAACAAGGCAAAGCCGUGCUUGUGGCGACAACGUUACCUUGUGCACAGAUUGCGCUGGAGGUCAGAUGGGCUAUGAGUGUGGUAAGCCCUGCCCACGUACCUGUGAUGACCUUCAGGGUGACACUGUGUGCCAGGAUGUACGAGGGUGCCAGCCAUCAUGUGGAUGCCCUGAAGGGCAGCUCCUACAGGAUGGGACAUGUGUGGUCCCCAGCGAGUGCAGAUGCAAGUACCAGGAGCCGACACUUGAGCUCUGCCCUUUAUGUGCCUUCUCCAGCACCUGUACAAAUGGACAUCUGAUGUGUACCUCGGACCCCUCCUGUCACCUUGAUGGUGGGUGGGGUAUGUGGACCAGCUGGUCUCCCUGUUCCCAGAGCUGUGGACAAGGAACCCAGAUGCGAUCCAGACAGUGUGACAGCCCUGUACCCCAGAACGGUGGCCGAGAUUGUGCAGGAGACAACCAGCAGAGGAGAGAAUGUCAGGGUCCAGUAUGUGAAGAUGGAGAUACAUGGAGUGAGUGGUCUCCGUGGUCACCCUGCAGCGUGUCUUGUGGUGGGGGGGAGCAGAUCCGCGUACGAGAGUGUCACCGGGAUGAGUGCUCUGGGAAAGCCGUACAGAGCAAAACCUGCAAUAAUCAAGUCUGCCUUGAUGUCGGAUGCCCACCAGACCGCCUCUAUCGGGAGUGUGAGAAGGGAGACGGCUGCCCAUACAGCUGUGCCCACCUUACACAACAGGUUGAUUGUUUUGCAGACGCCUGUGAGGAAGGUUGUCACUGCCCUUUAGGAACCUACUUACACAACAGCUCGUGCGUCACUAACUGUCCGUGUGUAAUAUCUGAGGAGUCCAUCCAGGGGCUAAGGAACCACUCAACAAAUCCAUGGGUUCCUCUUACCCUUUUUUCAGAGCAAGGAGCCAGAGUUGUGGUGGGAGAGGAGCUAAUGCCAGGAGACCGGGUUCAGCACGAGUGCAGCUCUUGCACCUGUGACCAUGGCUGGAUAAAUUGCACAUUUGCUAUGUGUGUCAUGGAUGGAGGCUUCAGCACCUGGAGUCCUUGGAGUGCCUGCUCGGUGACAUGCGGAGGCCUGGGUAACAUGACCAGGACACGAGAAUGUACCAGCCCUGCACCAGCCAAUGGGGGGAGAGACUGUGAAGGUCCGAGUGUGGAUAUUAAGUACUGCCAGAAACCUGACUGUGAAUAUGCUAUUGGACCCAGUUCUGAGCCUCCAUCAGAUGUUACAGGCCUAGAAGAUGGUUUGGGCCCCUGGUCAUCCUGGACUCCCUGCUCUAAGACCUGCACAGACAGCAGAAUCCCUGCAGCAAAAACAAGGUCUCGCUUCUGCUCGGGGAUGAGGAACUGCAGCGGCGACUCAUUCCAAGAACGGGCUUGUAACCUCCCGCAGUGCUCAGAUUUACCACCCUGCACUGGGGAAGAGUGCAGUCAGAGGAACUGCUCAUGGAACCCUUGGUCUGAGUGGACAGAAUGUUCUCGUUCCUGUGGUGCCGGACAGCAAACACGACUCCGCAACUACAAUGCUCCUGGUGACAAUGGCUCCUGGUGUGAGGACAUCAUGUCAGGGAACUUAGAGAGGAGAUUCUGUAACCUUCAGGCCUGUAAAGUUCACGGCAGCUGGUCUAAAUGGAGCCCAUGGUCCUGGUGUGACCGCACGUGUGGUGGGGGGAAGUCAGUGAGAAGCAGAACCUGCACCAGCCCUCCACCUAAGAAUGGCGGAAAUGACUGUCCCGGGGAAAAGUACCAUGUCCGCAUCUGUAACCCAAAACCUUGUGCUGAGGGUUGCCCGCCUGGCAUGGAGUAUAUGGAAUGUGCCAAUAAAUGCCCGCGCCAUUGCUCUGACUACCAGCAAGGCAUGGUGUGCCAGGAUGGAGAGGUCUGUGAGCCAGGAUGCCGCUGCCCAGCUGGACUGCUGGAGCAAGAUGGCGCAUGUGUGCCCCCCUCGCACUGUGCAUGUACUGAUACCCAGGGCCAGAGCUGGACCCCAGGCAGCUCACUACAAGAAAGCUGUAAUAACUGCACCUGCUCCGAUGGGCAUUUGUCCUGCACCAAUGACACCUGCCCUGUGUCCGACUGUAAAUGGAGUCAGUGGUCAACCUGGUCGCAGUGCAGCGUGUCCUGUGGCAGCGGCUUCCAUACACGUUUCAGGACCUCAACGUCAGGUUCACCAAGAAAAGAGUGUGUGACCCCCAUGACACAGACUCGGCCUUGUCACCAGGGUUUAUGUCCACAGCUGUGUCCUCAUGAUAACUCAGAAAAGACCAUAGGAGAUGUCUGGAUGGUGGGAGAAUGUCAGCAGUGUAUCUGCACUCCGGAGGGGAGUUACUGUCAGGAAAAUGACUGUAAAGAUGAGUGGGGAAUCUCAUUGUCUAGAGCAGAUGAGUGGGGAAUCUGUCUAGAGCAGAUGAGUGGGGAAUCUCAUUGUCUAGAGCAGAUGAGUGGGGAAUCUCCAUCUCAUUGUCUAGAGCAGAUGAGUGGGGAAUCUCAUUGUCUAGAGCAGAUGAGUGGGGAAUCCCAUUGUCUAGAGCAGAUGAGUGGGGAAUCUCAUUGUCUAGAGCAGAUGAGUGGGGAAUCUCAUUGUCUAGAGCAGAUGAGUGGGGAAUCUCAUUGUCUAGAGCAGAUGAGUGGGGAAUCUCAUUGUCUAGAGCAGAUGAGUGGGGAAUCUCAUUGUCUAGAGCAGAUGAGUGGGGAAUCUCAUUGUCUAGAGCAGAUGAAGCAGAUGAGUGGGGAAUCUCAUUGUCUAGAGCAGAUGAGUGGGGACUCUCAUUGUCUAGAGCAGAUGAGUGGGGACUCUCAUUGUCUAGAGCAGAUGAGUGGGGAAUCUCCAUCUCAUUGUCUAGAGCAGAUGAGUGGGGAAUCCCAUUGUCUAGAGCAGAUGAGUGGGGAAUCUCCAUCUCAUUGUCUAGAGCAGAUGAGUGGGGAAUCUCAUUGUCAAGAGCAGAUGAGUGGGGAAUCUCAUUGUCUAGAGCAGAUGAGUGGGGAAUCUCAUUGUCUAGAGCAGAUGAGUGGGGAAUCUCAUUGUCUAGAGCAGAUGAGUGGGGAAUCUCAUUGUCUAGAGCAGAUGAGUGGGGAAUCUAAUUGUCUAGAGCAGAUGAGUGGGGAAUCUCAUUGUCUAGAGCAGAUGAGUGGGGAAUCUCAUUGUCUAGAGCAGAUGAGUGGGGAAUCUCCAUCUGAUUGUCUAGAGCAGAUGAGUGGGGAAUCUCAUUGUCUAGAGCAGAUGAAUGGGGAAUCUCUAUCUCAUUGUCUAGAGCAGAUGAGUGGGGAAUCUCAUUGUCUAGAGCAGAUGAAGCAGAUGAGUGGGGAAUCUCAUUGUCUAGAGAAGAUGAGUGGGGAAUCUCAUUGUCUAGAGAAGAUGAGUGGGGAAUCUCAUUGUCUAGAGCAGAUGAGUGGGGAAUCUCAUUGUCUAGAGCAGAUGAGUGGGGAAUCUCAUUGUCUAGAGCAGAUGAGUGGGGAAUCUCAUUGUCUAGAGCAGAUGAGUGGGGAAUCUCAUUGUCUAGAGCAGAUGAGUGGGGAAUCUCAUUGUCUAGAGAAGAUGAGUGGGGAAUCUCAUUGUCUAGAGCAGAUGAUGAGCAGUGGAUGUAACUGGUCACAAUGGAGCCCGUGUUCACGCACCUGUGGAAUAGGACUCAUCAGCCGGACAUGGAAGUGUGACUGUAGUGCCCUUGACAGCCCAGACACACCCUGCAACAGCAGCGAGCGUGUGCAGACAGAGGCAUGUUAUGUGCAGCCAUGCGAAGACAGAGGCAUGUUACGUGCAGCCAUGUUAAGGUAUGUUAUGUGCAGACAGAGGCAUUUUACGUGCAGCCUUGUGAAGGGAGCUGUUCCUGGGGCCCGUGGAGUGAAUGGACAAACUGCUCAUGCCACUCGCUGCUACAGCACCGUUACAGAGAUCAACUGGGACCAUGGUUUGAAGGCGACGUUUGUGAGGAGACGGCAACUGAUGCCCGAGCUUGUAACCUCUCCUUGUGCACAGAGUCAAACUGUCAACCCCCGUUUGAAUUCAGACCAUGUGGCUCUGCAUGUGACAGCCUCUGCUCUACCACACAAGAUCCCAGCAUCUGCAAAGACGUUCCCGAGUGCCAACCUGGCUGCUACUGCCCACAGAGGGGCAGUCUGGCUGCUACUGCACUCAGAUGUUCCUAUAACUCAACUUGUUGUUGAUAUUGGCACUGACCAACAAAUAAAAACUGCAGAGAUUUAUGAAGGCACCUGUGCCAUCUUUACCCCCUGCAUCUGUGCCAUCUGUACCCCCUGCACCUGUGCCUUCUGUACACCCUGCACCAUCUGUACCCCUGCACCUGUGCCUUCUGUACACCCUGCACCAUCUGUACCCCUGCACCUGUGCCUUCUGUACACCCUGCACCAUCUGUACCCCCUGCACCUGUGCCUUCUGUACACCCUGCACCAUCUGUACCCCCUGCACCUGUGCCUUCUGUACCCCCUGCACCUGUGCCUUCUGUACCCCCUGCACCAUCUGUACCCCUGCACCUGUGCCUUCUGUACACCCUGCACCAUCUGUACCCCUGCACCUGUGCCUUCUGUACACCCUGCACCAUCUGUACCCUUGCACCUGUGCCUUCUGUACACCCUUCACCAUCUGUACCCCUGCACCUGUGCCUUCUGUACACCCUGCACCAUCUGUACCCCUGCACCUGUGCCUUCUGUACACCCUGCACCAUCUGUACCCCCUGCACCUGUGCCUUCUGUACACCCUGCACCAUCUGUACCCCCUGCACCUGUGCCUUCUGUACCCCCUGCACCUGUGCCUUCUGUACCCCCUGCACCUGUGCCUUCUGUACCCCCUGCACCUGUGCCUUCUGUACCCCCUGCACCUGUGCCAUCUGUACCCCCUGCACCUGUGCCUUCUGUACACCCUGCACCAUCUGUACCCCCUGCACCUGUGCCUUCUGUACCCCCUGCACCUGUGCCUUCUGUACCCCCUGCACCUGUGCCUUCUGUACACCCUGCACCAUCUGUACCCCCUGCACCUGUGCCUUCUGUACACCCUGCACCAUCUGUACCCCCUGCACCUGUGCCUUCUGUACCCCCUGCACCUGUGCCAUCUGUACCCCCUGCACCUGUGCCUUCUGUACACCCUGCACCAUCUGUACCCCCUGCACCUGUGCCUUCUGUACCCCCUGCACCUGUGCCAUCUGUACCCCCUGCACCUGUGCCUUCUGUACCCCCUGCACCUGUGCCUUCUGUACCCCCUGCACCUGUGCCAUCUGUACCCCAUGCACCUGUGCCUUCUGUACCCCCUGCACCUGUGCCUUCUCACCUGUGCCCAUCUGUACCCCCUGCACCUGUGCCCAUCUGUACCCCCUGCACCUGUGCCAUCUGUACCCCCUGCACAUGUGCCCACCUGUACCCCCUGCACCUGUGCCCAACUGAACCCCCUGCACCUGUGCCCAUCUGUACCCCCUGCACCUGUGCUAUCUGUACCCCGACACCUGUUUCCACCUGUACCCCCUGCACCUGUGCCCAGCUGUACCCCCUGCACCUGUGCCCAUCUAUACACCUGGAACUGUUUCCACCUGUACAUCCUGCACUUGUGCCCACCUGUACCCCCUGCACCUGUGCCCACCUGUACCCCCUGCCCCUGUUACCACCUGUACCCCCUGCCCCUGUGCCCACAUGUACCCCUUGCAGCUGUGCCCAUCUGUACACCUGCACCUGUUUCCACCUGUACUCCCUGCAGCUGUGCCCACCUGUACCCCCUGCACCCGGGCCCAUCUGUACCCCCUGCACCUUGGCCCAUCUGUACCCCCUGCACCUGGGCCCACCUGUACCCCCUACAACUGUACCCCCUGCACCUGUGCCCAUCUGCAAACCUGCAACUGUUUCCACCUGUACGCUCUGCACCUGUGCCCAUCUGUACCCCUUGCACCUGUGCCCAUUUGUACACCAGCACCUGUUACCACCUGUACCCACCUUUACCCCUGUAUCUGUUAUAUUUAGAUCUUUGAUUAGUUUUAACAGAAGUGUCCUGCACCUGUGCCUUCUGUACCCCCUGCACCUGUGCCUUCUGUACCCCCUGCACCUGUGCCCAUCUGUACCCCCUGCACCUGUGCCAUCUGUACCCCCUGCACCUGUGCCAUCUGUACCCCCUGCGCCUGUGCCAUCUGUACCCUCUGCACCUGUGCCAUCUGUACCCCCUGCACCUGUGCCAUCUGUACCCCCUGCUUCAGUGCCCACCUGUAACACCAGCACCUGUGCCCAUCUGUACCCCCUGCACCUGUGCCAUCUGUACCCCCUGCACAUGUGCCCACCUGUAACCCCUGCACCUGUGCCCACCUGUACCCCCUGCACCUGUGCCCAUCUGUACACCAGCACCUGUUUCCACCUGUACCCCCUGCACCUGUGCCCACCUGUACCCCCUGCACCUGUGCCCAUCUAUACACCUGGAACUGUUUCCACCUGUAUAUCCUGCACUUGUGCCCACCUGUACCCCCUGAACCUGUGCCCACCUGUACCCCCUGCCCCUGUUACCACCUGUACCCCCUGCCCUUGUGCCCACAUGUACCCCUUGCAGCUGUGCCCAUCUGUACACCUGCACCUGUUUCCACCUGUACUCCCUGCACCUGUGCCCACCUGUACCCGGGCCCACCUGUACCCCCUGCACCUGGGCCCAUCUGUACCCCCUGCACCUGGGCCCACCUGUACCCCCUACAACUGUACCCCCUGCACCUGUGCCCAUCUGCAAACCUGCAACUGUUUCCACCUGUACGCUCUGCACCUGUGCCCAUCUGGAUUGCUGGAGCAGAACAGAGAGUGUGUCCGUCCAUCAGAGUGCGGCUGUCAGUAUGUGCCUGCGUCAGACAACACCGCAUCACCAGAGGCCGCGUAUCUCCCACCGGGACAUGCAGUGCGUAUGGGCUGCAGGGAGUGUGUCUGCAUGAGUGGCAAGCUGGAGUGUAACAGGAAGAACUGCAGAGGGCAGGCAGUGCUAAGCGAGUGGUCUGAGUGGUCACCCUGCAGUCCCUGUGUGCCCUCAUAUAUAGUGGGCUUCCUGCCCCAGAACCACACCUCCCUGGCUCCUCUCUCCUCAGUACAGCAGCGGCACAGGAUUUGUCUCAAUGCCCAGACUGGCUUCCCUUGGCCAAAUGCUACACCAGCUUGUGAAGGAGAACUGACCCAGGAGCGUCUGUGCCCAAAUAAGGGGAUAUGUGAGGAUCUUUGCGUGUGGAGCGAGUGGGGAGAAUGGAGUCCUUGCCGAGAGCCGUGUAGUGGAGGGUUCCGUGUCCGAUGGCGUCAUGUGCACCACCCUGUGGAGAAUAAACUGUGCCAGGGGCCGAGGUUCCAGUCUGAGAGCUGUAACACAGCAACCUGCCCUGGAGAGGACUGUGAGGACCGCGGGAAGGCGUUCAAGAUGUCCUGUGCCAACCAGUGCCCCCGAGCCUGCACAGACUUGUGGGAACAUGUGGAAUGUCUGCAAGGACAGUGCAGGACAGGCUGCCGAUGCCCAGAAGGAUGGCUUUUGCAGGAAAAGAAGUGUGUGCCAAUCUCAGACUGUAGAUGUGGCCUGCCCUCUGCUAAUUCCACCCUAGAGUACCACCCUGGAGAAACCGUGCAAGUUGGCUGCAACAACUGCACUUGUGUAAACGGCACCUUCAUGUGCACCAAUAAGCAGUGUCCUAUCUACGGACCCUGGAGUGAUUGGUCUUCAUGUUCUGUGAGCUGUGGAGGGGGCCACCGGCACCGUAAUCGCACCUGCUAUGAGAGGGGCCCAGACGGAGAAGCCUGUGGGACUGAGACACUCGAGGAGGAGGAGGAGUGUAACUCAGCACCCUGCCCAGCUGAUUGCGCACUGAGCGACUGGACUGACUGGAGUGAGUGCAGUGUGAGCUGUGGGGGUGGAGUAUCCGAGAGAAACAGGACAGUCCUUGUAACAGCUGAUAUCGGGGGCCAGGCUUGUCCAACCCCACUGGUCAUCCACAGGAGUUGCAACUCUCACAACUGCACACCAGAGUGUCCAGAAGGCCAAGUAUACAGCGACUGUGCCAACUCGUGUCCUCAUACCUGCACCGACCUCCAGCCUGGGACUGAAUGCUUGUACGAGAGCUGUGAGCCAGGGUGCUCGUGCCCCCCAGGACAGGUUUUUCAGGAUGGAAAAUGUGUGGCCCCUGAAAACUGCACAUGCUCACUUCAUUCUUUGGCAAACCUUUUGUGGGCAGUGAACCUCACAUCUGAAGAAAAAUCAAGAGAAUACCCAUAUGGCACUGUUGUAUACAAUGAGUGUAACAACUGGGGUCACGGAGAAGCAAUUAGUAUCACCAUUGUGCAUAAUGUUGCAAUGUCUAGAGACACUAUGGUACUUAUAAUUCUUCCUCAUAUUACGUUUAUGUUCAGACCACCUUAUGCUGAACCGCCUACAGGUUCUGCCCACGUAUUGGAUGCCACACAAACAGACCACCUUAUGCUGAACCGCCUACAGGUUCUGCCCACGUAUUGGAUGCCACACAAACAGGGCAUAAUGUUAUCUGUGAGUGAGAGGAACAACAAGAGAUUGUUGCUCGUGUCACACACAGAAUCCACUGCUGGCACAGCUGCAUCUGACAGUUCUGUUGAGAAUCUGUCCAUUCAUGCACUUUUUGCGAGAUUAGAAGAUGCAAUCAAUGUCGAGUGCAGACACUGGUUGGAUGCAGAAAUGUUGCAGAAAUAUAUUGACAAAGAACAAAUACCUCGUGGACUUAGGAUUUUCAAAAGUUGUUCAUUUAAAGAUGAUCCCACUGUCAAUUCCCAAUGGGAGAAAGCAUUAACUUUAUGUUCCAUCACACUUUUGAAAAUCUUGAUUGCCCACAGGAAAAUUUUAGUUGAACAAUCCUCUAAAGAAAUAGAUUCCAUUCAAAAAAAUUUAGAAAAAUUUAAAACAUCGCAUCUUUAUGAUGAACUGAAUACUAUGGUUCUACAGAAAACAGAUGCUUAUCAAAAAGAUCUGAUGUUGGUUAAAAAUCGUAAACUUAUUAGGGAUGAAGAGGAUUAUCAGAAAGGUCAGAUACACACUUAUCAUAAGAAUAAGAGAAUUCACGAAACAUCUAGCCCUGAUCCUAAGAGCAUUUCAGUUUCAGAAGUGAAUGCCAUUCCACAGGAUAGGGUUAUCCAGCAACCACCUUCAAGAGUACCACCUAAUGGCCUUGAAAAUGAGUGGACCACGGUAUAUUACCCGAAAAAUAGAAAUAAACAUAAGAAUAAAAACAAAUCGAAUAAUACCACUUGGACUAAUCAUCAGUCCAAUAAUAACACUAAUGAACAGUGGACGAACGCCAACAGACGAAACCAUUAUUCUUAUAAUGGUAAUAACCAUUGGAAUAAAGAUAGAGAUUAUCCACCAUAUGGCCCAGGUCAUAAUGGCUAUAGACAUCAGGGUGAAUUUAAUAGAGGACAUCAAUCCAAUUAUAACAACCCUAAUUAUGGAUAUAGACCUGAUUACAGAAACCCUAAAGAAAAUAAGAAUGUUAACUAUGUACAGCAUUCCAAUGGGUAUCAUAACUCCAGAAAUGAUAUAGUUAUACCAUCUCACCGUGCUGCAGGAAAUUAUCAUCAGACCCAAGGUGAUCCAGCUAAUCAGCAUAUAUCAUUCAAUUAUGACCAUGGACUUAAGAGAGAUAAUUCUCCUAGUGAUCAGGGUCCCUCACAUACUAGGAGGAUCAUGACAAGCAGCCAUGAAAUCACACCAUCUAGAAUGCCAAAUAAUGUCGGUGCAAAUGCAUAUCCUAACCAUAUGUUUGCUCCCGAUGCGACUUUAAGCCCACAUUAUCCAAACGAUAGCCAAGCUAUCAUUUCUGAUACUGAUUCUUCUAAUCAUUUUUUAGGGACAGGUCACAGACAAUCGUCAUGGAAACAAAAGACGAUUGCCAGUUACCUAGAGCCAGUGAUCUCCCUUACUGCACCCCCGAAAGGGAAAAGACCUCACGGAAACGAGGGUGUAGAGGACGGAGCACAGCCCGCAAAAAGCACCUGCCACAGGGGAGCGUUUAACUGCACCCAGGACAACUGCAACGUGGAUUGCCUGUGGUCCCUGUGGUCAGAUUGGUCUCCAUGCUCAGUCACCUGUGGUACUGGGGAGCAAACAUCAAAGCGGCACCAGAUCCAGCAGCGCAUGUAUGGGGGUGAAGAAUGCUCUGGAUCUCCCACCCGUCAGAGGACAUGUUCCCUCCCAGACUGCAGUUGCCCCAUCGGAGAGAGAUGGAGAAGAUCAUCAGCUGGACCAGAGUUUUGUGAGCGUACCUGCCAAGAGGUGUACGAGGACCCCUUUAGGAACUGCAGCUUUGGAGGUUGGGAGGGCUGCGUGUGUGAUGCUGGGAGAUACAGGAGCAGCAGCGGUCUGUGCUUGACGGCUGCUCACUGCGAGUGCAAAUCUAAAGGCAGCGUCCACCUUCCCGGCACUGAAUGGCAGGACGGGUGUGAGAUGUGUCACUGUAUGAACGGGGUCAGUGUCUGCACUGCGGGAUGCCCCCCUCUUUACUGCCUGGAGGGUGAAGUGAAGGUGCAGGAACCUGGCGAGUGCUGCCCAGUGUGCCGGAAGGAGAUACCAGAAGAGAUUUCCCCGGUGUGCCAGCUUCACAAAGAGCUCCGUAACAUCACCAAGGGCAGCUGCCGUAUGGAUCAAGUGGAGGUCAGCUUCUGCAGGGGACAGUGUUUGUCCUGGACCAAUGUUCUCACAGAGGAGCCCUAUCUACAGACUGUGUGUGACUGCUGCAGUUACCAGCUAGACCCUGAGAGCCCAGUGAGGAUCCUUAACUUGCAGUGUACGGAUGGAGAAACCGAGCCAGUGGUGCUUCCUGUGAUUCAUAGUUGUGAGUGCAGCAGCUGUCAAGGUGGUGACUUCUCCAAGCGCUGA